UUGAAGGAAUGAAAAAACAUUAUUUUUUAUUGAAAUUCCAAGAUAUUUGGGUAUUCGUUGAAGUAAUAAAUUAAAUCGUUAGUGUUGAAGUUCUCAAAAAACGUUAAUAUAAAAAGAAUUUGAAAGAAAUUAUACCACGUUUUGAAAUCAUGAAGGAAAGCUUUAAAAUGAAUACGCUGUGGAUUUUACUAAUUUUCGCAUUAUUGCCGUUGUCCUGCUCAUUCUCUACACAAUACCUCGGUAAUAUGAAGCACACAGUUCUACCAGACCACUGCUACUAUGAGGAAUUAGAGCUGGCAGUGCCAGUGAAUGAGACGCUGUAUCCAACAGAUAUUGAAUUUCAAUGCAUAACCGUUACCUGCCGCCAGGAUCAUGUGCUGCUGAUAAAGCACUGUGACCGUUAUCUGCUGCGACAUGGUUGCAUUGAGCAGCCACCUGACUACAGCGAGCGUUAUCCCGAUUGUUGUGCCCAAGUGAAAUGUAUUAAUUAAAUUAUUUCUGAAUGAGGAAAUUUAUUUAGUAAGGAAUAAUUUAUGUUAGUGAAUAAAUGAAAAUAAAAAACGUAAUUAUUAUUUUCAACACA